AUGAAACUCCGGCCCCGGUCAGAAAAUCAGGUUAAACGUAUAUCUGUAACCAAACAUCAGUGGCGGAAGCCUGAUGCCUGUGAAGAGAGGUAUUGGAGCCAGGAAAAACAGUUCGUUCGCUCUUCUUUCGCCGCUGUGGGAGCCGAAGGCCUCAUUCCUGCAAAGAUAGUGUUGGAGAAGAAGAGAAGGAUGAGAGAGGAUACUAAACAGAGGAAAGACGCGAGCGGUAUGAAGAGAAAGCAGUUACAUUCUACUGUAGAUAAGAAGAAGAGAACGAAGAAGAAGGAUGAGCGGAAAAAGACUGGUCCUAGGUUGCCCUCUGCGUUGAAACGCGAGCUCGAUGUCCUAAACCCUAACCCAAGGAACAGUGACGAAGAGAUCGAUUCAGAUGUCGGUGAUGUGUACGAGUACGAAGAGCGUAUGCCGGAAGAGGAGUCGAAGAAGAAUCGGAGAUUCGAUACUGUUGAUAACCUCGAAUACGAGCUUCCAGACGAAUUUGAGGAUGAGAAUUUGCCAUCAGAAGAUGAUGAUGAUGAUGAUGAGGAUAAUGAUAGUGGUGAAAGGAGCAGAAGAAGAGAUAAUUCGAACCGGUUGGAUGAUGAGGUUGAAGAGGAUGAUGACGGAAGGCAUGCAAAGAUGCUGCAAGGAAUUACUGGUAUCCCGAGUGAGGCCUUUGAAGGUAAAAAGAAGAAGAACACUGUUGUUCUGUCGGAAGCCCACCCAGAAUCGGAGUACAAUCCAAGCAGAGGUGCUAUUGAUGGUGAUGGAAACAUAAGUGUUGAGGAUCUAUUAGGAAGUAUCCAGGGAAUGUCCGGCUACAGUAAGGUCCGAAAGAGAGUGCAUCAAGUGGACAAAAAGUCUAAGUCCGUUCUGGCUCCUCUUCCAAAGGCUGAUCGUGAGAAGUUGGAGAGGAAAGUUGUGUAUGAAAAAUCAAAGAAGGAGAUUACUAAGUGGGAGCCAUUAGUCAAGAAGCAUCGGGAAGCACCAACUCUGUAUUUUGAUGAAGAUAUAAAUGUCGGGUACUCGACUGUGGGGGCAAUUGCAUCUGAAUUUGAACCUAAAACUGAUUUUGAGAAGAAGAUUUAUUCCCUAGUUCAGGAUGCCAAGCUUAUGGAAGCGCAUAACAAGGAUGGUGCAAGGCUUCUUGAGCUCAACAAGAUAUCAGUCAAAGAUGUAAAAGAUCGUCAAAAUCGUCUUGCUAAAAUGCGUAGCCUUCUUUUCCGUAACGAAAUGAAGAGUAAACGCAUCAAGAACAUUAAAUCCAAGAUAUACCAUCGGUUAUCGAAGAAGGAUAAACUGAAAUCAGCAUCUGCUGGAAUGGAAAUGGACCCAGAAGCUGCUAAGGAGCAAGCAAAGAAGCAAGAGUUCAAACGAGCUGAGGAACGUAUGACGCUGAAACACAAAAACAGUUCCAAGUGGGCAAAACGUAUUUUGGAACGUGGUCUAAACACCCAGGAUGAAGGAACUCGAGCUGCUAUUUCUGAACAACUUCAUCAACAUGCACUGUUGACCAGAAAGAUGAAUUCUGCGAAGGAUAAUAGUAGCAGUGAAGGUAGUAGUGAUGAGAAUGAGGAGGAGGAUAACGAGCUUUUUUUGAGCUCAGAUCAGGACAGGGCAUCCAAGCUUUUAACCAGGAUGAAAGAGAAGACACUUGAACUCAUGGAAGAUGUGGAGCAGCCUAAAUCAGGGGUGCUUUCGAUGCCAUUCAUGGUUAAUGCAGAAAAAAAGAGAAAGGCAGAAGCAUAUAGAGAAGCAGAACUUACACUUCGAGAGUGUGAGUCCAUGGUAGAGCAGCUUGAUGAUACUAUUGAGUCGGAAAAUCCAAAAAUAGGAACUUUAAGUGGUAGACGGGUAUUUGGGGCAGCUAGAAACAAUACCCAAGAAUUAAGUAAUAAGAAAUCAAAGAACAUAAGUGAUUACAGUGACAGCGAAGACGAAUUAGCGGCCAAAGAAAACAUUGAUGGGGGCCAGGAAAAUGUUGGUCUUCCACAAAAGGAUGUUCAAAUUGAUCCGGGGUCACUCCAUGAAGAGUCUGGUGUUGGUCGGCAGCCUGUGUUUAAGAGCUUUGAUGAUAUUGUUAAAGACCCUGGACACAGGACGACAUUUGAAGUAGCUAUUUUUGCAUCAGACUCCUGGAGAAAGAUGAAGACUGGAAAAGAGGUAGAUGGCAAAAAUGGCAAGACUUCGGUUGUGGUAGAGCCUCGUCAGGAGCUGAAGGAGGUAGAUGAGGAUACUGGUACAGACAGUGAAGAAGAGAUGGUGGAUGGGAUUCUAUCUUCUGGUGCAAAAGCCAGCUAUGAACUUCCAUCUCAAGAAGACCUUAUACACCGUGCUUUUGCUGGUGACAAUGUAGAGGAAGAGUUUGAGGACGAUAAACUGGAAAUUCUGAAAGAGGAGAAUCCAGAACCUGAGAAGCCAGUAUUACUUCCAGGCUGGGGCCAAUGGACUCAUAUCCAGCAGAAGAAAGGCUUGCCUUCUUGGAUGCUUGAAGAGCAUGCAAAUGCCAAAAAGACACGGGAAGAAUCCCUGAUGAAGAGGAAGGAUGCACAUCUGAAACAUGUCAUUAUCUCUGAAAAGAUUGACAAGAAGGCUGAGAAGUUGCAUACAAAGAUAUUGCCCUAUCCAUACACAUCGAAGGAAGUUUUCGAACAGAGUAUUAGAAUGCCUAUUGGACCUGAAUUCAACCCAGCAACAUCAGUUGGUGCACUUAAUCGGCCAGAAGUGGUUAAGAAACCUGGUGUCAUAAUCAAACCAAUUAAGUUUGAGGAGGUGAAUCCUUAUGAGAAAGCUGAGGAACACAAGAGAAGUGGGCAGGCACCAAAGGCAAAGAAGAGAAGUAAAAGUCGGGGUGAGAAAGCCACUAAGAUGCAAGUGAAAAAGAAAAGUUGACUGCUAAUCUUGUUCGGCUAGAAGUUAUUGCCAUGUGGUCUAUUCUUUCUCAAAUUGAGCGCUGUAGGAGUAAGGAGGAUGAUGCUCUGCUGAUGGUGCCCAUGUCCAGUUCGUCUUUCCCCUUAACCUUUGCCCCAAAUCAAGCCUUCUGAUGGUGCGUCUGCUAUUCUAGGUGGUUGAUGCUUAUCUCAAUUUGAUCAAGGGAACCAUUAACCAUCUACUUUUGCUGAAGGUAAUCUUUACAGCCGUAUGUGCUAAGAGCAAUCUGAGUUCAAAUAUGUUCAGUUUUAUUCUUUUCCUUCAAAUCCAAAAAUGGUCUGGAUAACAAGUUUAGAGCGUGAAAAAGAAAAGAAGAUUGCAUUCAUGUAGCUUGCUUAUUUAACCAUGGAGCCAUUCUAUGUAUUUCAAGAAAUUGAAGAAGUUUUUGGAAUUCUUCUUACUCUUCUAAAAUUGUUGAAACAACACACUUCAGAUUUUGAAAUUCCUAGCCCUACUAUUGAGCACCAUGGAUCUACUUGGCAUCUUUGUAUUAUCUAUUUCAUUAAUUGACUGCAAUGAUCUCUUUUAAAAA